AUGGCUUCCAGGGCUGGUGGAUCCAUAGGCCGAGGUGCAGGCAGGGCUCAGGGCAGCGCACCGGGUUCUCCACCACGACCUAUGCAGGGGCGAGUAGGGGAUGGACCGGGAGGAGCCGGCGCGAUCUUCGUUGGGGGGUUGCUUACCGUACCGGCGCCGACCUCUCGUCGCUCUUUCCGUUACGACGGCCCUCGACCCCCUCCUUCGGGGCAGACGCAGACGCAGCCGGAGAGCGGCAGUGAGGAGGAGGAUGAGGAGGAGUAUGGUGAGGGCGAGAAGGAGGAGGACACUGAGGGGAGCGGGGAUGACAGCAAGGCGGCGUGGGACCCAGAGACGCAUGGCGGUGGGGAGGGGGGAGAUGAUGAUGAUGAAGACCACGAGAUGGAUCGGUUGGAGUCAGAGGGGCGGGAGGAGGAGGUGGGAGAGGGUGGUGGAAGGGCGGCGACAGAGGCGGGAUCACAGCAUGUGCGUGAAGGGGGAGGGAGCGUGGGGGUUAAGGUGGGGGGGAGAAAGGCCGUGACCAUUAGGGAGCCGAGGCAGAGGAAGAAGGCCAACAAGUUGAGGGAGCGGGCGUAUCCCUGCACGUUCACUGGGGAGCCCUUGGGCGAGGGUGUGAUCGCUCCCGAGUUCCUAGACGAGGACGGAGGGUCCAAGAGUAGUAAGGGGACUGGCAAGGGUAAUAGGAAGCCGGGGUGGCAAGUAAUGAUGUUUGGACCGUUAGGGGCAGACGAUAAGCGUCAGUGCAAGAUUUGCACAGACAAGUUUUCGUGGAAGCAAUCCACAACAACCCCUGGCGAGCGGCACUUUGCGAGCUUCCACACUGCGCACAUGCAUGUGUGGCAUCCCCGUUACCACACCCCGUCCGUUCACUUGCCAGGGGAGACGUUUCCCCAUGGGGGCUACAAGGGAGUGCCGGAUGGCUACGUCUAUCAGUGGCCACAUGCCAAGACUUGGCCGCAGCUCGCCAAGGGGAAAGGGAUGGCGACUGGUGGAGGUCAUGUGUCAGGCGGGAUGGAGCGGUGGAUGACAACCAAACUGACCUCGGUGCAGCUACGGCAGGCGAUCACGAAGCUGGUGGUCACCUGCGACCUCCCCUUCCGCAUCGUCGAGGCCGAGGCUUUUCAUGAGCUACUCAUCCUGCUAAACCGCAACUGCGCGCAGAAGAACUUCAUCCCCUCGCGCUGGACGGUUUCCCGCGACACAGUGGUCUAUGCGGCUGCCGCUCUUCAGUCAGCCAUUGUGGAGAUGCUGGCGAAGGAGGGGGAGCUGGGGUGCAGGGUGUCAUUCACCAUCGACAUGUGGUCGGCGCCCAACAACAGGGCGUGGCUAGUGGUAACGGGUCACUGGAUCGACGAGAAUUACCAGCUCCGCACAAUGGUGUUUGAAUUCCGCGAGAUUCACGGGCGUCACACGGGCAAGCAGAUGGCGAGGGUGGUUGAGGAGACGGUGGUGCAGUGGGGGUUGGAGACGCGUUGUCUUGGGUUCACCUCAGACAACGCCUCCAGCAACACUGCUGCUUUCAGGUGGAUGUCGGAGGAGGGUGGCAACCCCAAGCUGUGCAAGUUUUGUGGCAAGAAGUUCGAGGGCGGAACAAACCGCUGUGCAAUCCAUCUCGCGACAUGGAAAGGGCAGGAGAAGCGCGCUGUGGCGUUAUGCAAGGACGCGCCCACGGCAGUCCGCGAUGAAGUCCGUGGCAUGUACGAGACCAAGGCGGAACAGCAGGACUUGAAGCGAGGGGCGGCCGCUGCUGCAAUUCACUCCGCGCUUGACGCUGUCAGUGGAAACCCGGAGAAAAAGAGCAAAAUUACAGAUUUCUUUGGCAAUGAGGCGACGUGCGCCAAGGAGGACGCGGAUAACGCGCUUUGCUUUCUGUUCGCGGCGUUGAAACUUCCGGAGCGCAUUGCGGACGAUCCGGUCUUCCGCUACGCGGUCCAGUGCAUUGCGCGCGCUGGACCUGGGUACGUCCCUCCUAAGAGGCGCUACAUUGGAGGGGCAGGCUUGAAGAAGGUGCGGCAGAAAAUGGAGGUCGCGUUCGCCCCCGUUGCCGCGAGCUGGAAGCGGGACGGGGUAACGGUGUCGUCGGACAUGAUGACCGACCGUUGUGGCCGCCCGCAGGCCAACGUGCUCCUUGUCAACGACUCCGGCGCAGUUUUCGAGCAGGCGGUGGACUGCAACAUGGAGUCGUAG